AUGACGACCCCAUCAUCCUUCUCCCAAUACUCCAUCCUCACCCCACCAACCACCCUCUCCGCCUCGGCCGCCGGCAGCAAGCUGACCGAGCCGCAACAACUGCUCGUCGCCUCCGUCCUGGACCUCUUCGCUGGCCACCCCUCCAAGCGCAAGCUCACGCUGUGGACCGACACCGCCUCCUUCCACGACCCCUUGACCAAUGCUACCGGCCGGAAGCAAUUCGAGGCGCAGUGGUACGGCCUGAAGACCGCCUUCAGCGAGAUCGAGCGGUUGGGAUGUGAGGUCAAGAGCGGUGGAAAUCCGAUUGAGCUGGGAUUGAAGACGAGGUAUAAGGUGAAGGGUAUCGGCUCCGAGCAGACAAUCGAGUCGCAGAUCUUGAUCCACACGACGGGCAGUGACAGCGAUAUGCGGAUCACGAAGGUCGAGGAUAAGUGGGACGGCGAGAUCAAAGACGGGCCCAUCAAGAACGCGCUGCGAGAAUUGAACUCCAAGACCGUGCCAGUCAUGGUCAAGGUUCCUGCCAGCGUCGAGGAGGAGGAGCGUGGGUCGAAGUAG